UCAGUGAGUGACGGCGGACGGCCGUUAGUCGGCUCGUGCGGGAGCGGGCGUGCGGUGGCCAUCAAAAUACCGUUAAGAUGCUACCGUAUGUUUAUCCAGCAUCAGCUAUCAGCCGUCCCUCUUAUUUAUGAUUUAAGUAAAGGAUAGACGGUUAAUGAAUGCUGAAUUGUAUUCGUCAGGAUUCAGGUUAUUCAAAAUAAUUAUUUGUGUUAAAAUUCGUCAAAAGAGAACCCUAAGCGUUACAAAUGACUGGAGUCUGACGGCUUUCCGUUGGAAUUCGCUUCUGCGGGAAGAAGGCAAUUUUCUUGAAAGGAUGUGGACGCUAUAAUAUAUAAACAUGAAUGUUGUAUUGUCUCGAUUGCAUUGCAAUCGAUCAAUAUUAAAAUAAGCUGUUUAAACGGAUGCUUUGUGAAACUAGCUUUUGGUUCUGCAUAGGAUGCUAAAAUCGGAAUACGAAGACAGAAAACAGCAGUGGAUUAUAUAUUUUAAGAAUUUUCAUUUUUUUUUGUUGUUGAUUGAAAAUGGAGAACGAUUUUACCACGCUUGUUGAGCAGUUUAUGUCAGAUCCCUUGGUAACUUGGGUAAAGACUUUCGGGGCGUUAGCUCCGGCAAAUGGAGGAGUACUUUUGGAAUACAUGGAGUUGGUUGACGGCGUCUUUCUUAGUAACAUAAUGGUUCAAAUCAAUCCUAAGUCAGUAAAUGAAAGACUGAACAAGAAAGUAAACAAUGACGUGUCACUCCGAAUUCAAAAUUUAUCCUGUUUGGUGCACAAUAUUAAAUCGUAUUAUCAGGAGACACUUCAGCAGCUAAUUAUGAUGUCUCUUCCAAAUGUUCUUGUCCUGGGCCGGACCCCUCUCUCAGACUGUGGAAUUAAUGAGAUGAAGAAGCUCCUCCUGCUCUUACUGGGUUGCACAGUUCAGUGUGAAAGAAAAGAAGAAUUUAUUGAGAGGAUCAAAAAUCUUGAUUUUGAUACAAAAGCUACUGUUGCUAUUCACAUUCAAGAGGUGACACACAAUCAAGAGAAUGUCUUUGAUAUGCAAUGGAUGGAAUUAACUGACAUCUCCCGUGAGGAUCUUAAUUCCUCGUUCAGAAAAAUGGCAAAUCAUCUGAAAAGGCUUGUGGAUGAAAGAGACGAAAAAUGUGAGAUAAUAUUGCGUCUUGCACAGGAGCGUGACUGCUCCCAGUCUCCAGUUCGUGGAAUAGCUCAGUCACCUAUUGGUUCACCAGGAAUGCAGCGAACUGAGAGCCGACAACAUCUGUCAGUUGAACUGGCAGACACUAAAGCAAAACUCCGAAGGAUCAGGCAAGAGAUGGAAGAGAAAACAGAGCAAUUGUUGGACAGUAAGCAAGAACUGGAGCAAAUGGAAGUUGAAUUAAAAAGACUACAACAAGAGAACCUACAACUUUUGUCUGAUGCUCGUUCUGCUAGAACGUAUCGUGAUGAGCUUGACUCAUUACGUGAAAAAGCACUUAAAGUCGAUAAGCUUGAAAGUGCAGUUAUCCGAUACAAAGAUCGGCUACAUGACAUUGAAUUUUAUAAAGCAAGAACUGAGGAAUUAAAAGAAGAUAACAAAAUAUUGUUAGAGACAAAAAUAAUGUUGGAAGACCAGCUUGAGGGAGCCCGAGCACGUUGUGAUAAACUACAUGAAUUUGAAAAAGAGAACCUGCAGUUAAUGGCUAAAGUACAUGAUAUGGAGAUGGAACGUGACACAGACAGGAAACGUAUUGAGGAAUUAAUGGAAGAAAAUUUGUCUCUUGAAAUGGCUCAAAAGCAAAGCAUGGAUGAAUCAUUGCACUUGGGCUGGGAGCUGGAACAGUUAUCCAAAACCACUGAAUUUUCUGAGGUGCCACUCAAGUCUCUUGGUCAAGAAGUGAAUGAACUGACCUCAAGUCGUUUACUUAAGAUGGAAAAAGAAAACCAGGCUCUGCUGAAAACUGUGGAGGAACUUCGCAUUGCUGUGAAUUCUGCAGAUAGCAGUAACCUUAAAUUUCUGGAGCUUGAAAAGGAGAACCAGAGACUAAAGAAAAAGGUGGAGAGGCUCCAGGGUGAAAUCAGCAAUGAAAAAGAAAGUAUGCAAAAUGUUGAGACUCUUACUGAUGACCUCAUAAAAGAGAAGUCCCAGCUUGAAAAAUCUAUUGAAAGCAUCCAACAAAAUGCUGAACGACAGAUUAAAGUAUUGGAACAAGAGAAUGAGCACUUAAAUCAUACCAUUGCAUCCUUACGACAACGCACACAAAUAAGUGUAGAAGCUGGAGUGAAAGACAUUGAGAAAGAAAAUAAAAUCCUCCAUGAAUCUAUUAAGGAAACCAGCAGUAAACUGAACAAAGUAGAAUUUGAAAAAAAGCAAAUCCAAAAGGAGUUAGAACAUUAUAAAGAAAAAGGAAAAAGGGCAGAAGAGCUUGAGGCUAUUUUGAGUCGCUUAGAAAGAGAAAAUGAACAGCUGCAAAAGAAGAUUACUGGUCUAAUGAUCACAUGUGAAAAAAUAGAUAUCUUGGAGCAGGAAAUCUCUGAUUUGGAAGUGGAAAAUAAUAAGCUGAGAAAGACAUUGGAUAGUCUGAAAAAUCUUACUGUGCAAUUGGAUGUUUUAGAAAAAGAAAACAACCAACUUGAGGAUGAAAAUUUGCAGUUAAGAAGGACACUGGAGAACUUGAAAUCCAGUGGUGUCAAGUUAGCACAACUUGAAUUGGAAAAUAAAGAACUGGAAAAUGAAAAAGAGCAGCUAAAAAAGAGUCUGGAACUUUUGAAAGCUUGUAACAAGAAAACUGAACGAUUAGAGGUAAGCUAUCAGGGACUUGACUUAGAAAAUCAGAGACUCCAAAAGGCUCUUGAAAAUAGCAGCAAGAAGAUUAAUCAAUUGGAAAAUGAGCUACAAGACUUAGAAACAGAAAAUCAGAGCUUGCAAAGAAAUCUGGAAGAGCUAAAAAUCUCCAGCAAACGGCUACAGCAACUAGAAAAAGAGAACAAACUUUUGGAGCAGGAAGCUAUCCAAUUGGAGAAAGACAAAAAGCAGCUUGAAAAGGAAAAUAGGAGAUUGCGUCAACAGACUGAGAUCAAGGAUUCCACACUGGAUGAAAACAAUAUGACAAUUUCUAACCUUGAGAAAGAGAAUAAAUUGCUAACAAAAGAAAUCAACAAAUUAAAAGACUUUUAUGGUCGACUGAAAGAUUUAGAAAAAGACAAUAAAGAGUUAGUUAAACAAGCAACUAUUGAUAAGAAGACUCUAGUGACAUUAAGAGAGGAACUUGUAAAUGAGAAAUUAUAUACCCAGCAAAUGAGCAAUGACUUGGAAAAACUCACUCAUGAACUGGAGAAGAUUGGAUUAAACAAGGAGCGUCUCCUUCAUGAUGAACAAACCACUGAUGAUAGUAGAUAUAAACUUUUGGAAUCAAAACUUGAAAGCACACUAAAAAAAUCUCUAGAAAUUAAAGAAGAAAAAAUUGCCAGUCUUGAAGCGCGUUUAGAAGAAUCAACAAAUUUAAACCAACAACUACGUCAGGAGCUAAAGACGGUGAAAAAAAAUUACGAAGCUCUCAAGCAGAGACAAGAAGAGGAAAAAACUAUGCAGAAUUUCCAACAUAAGCCAAUUGAGGAAAUUCAGACGACAAAUAAAUGGGAGCAAGAAAACCAAGAAGUAACUCGGGAGCUAUUAAAGGUUAAAGACAGGCUUAUCGAAAUUGAGAGAAAUAAUGCAACACUUCAAGCAGAGAAACAGGCCUUGAAAACACAACUGAAACAGAUGGAAACCCAGAAUAACAACUUGCAAUCACAAAUUCUUGCACUUCAGAAACAGACAACAUCAUUGCAGGUGCACAAUACCUCUUUGCAGACAGAGAAUGCCAAGUUGCAGGUGGAGCAUUCUACACUGGGUUCCCAAAGUGCAUCCUUGAUGACUCAGAAUUCUCAGCUUCAGAACCAACAGUUGUCUUUGGAGAAUGAGAAUGAAUUACUGAUGAAAGAAAAGGACGAAUUGAAAUUAUUGUAUGAUUCACUUGUCAAAGAUCAUGAAAAGCUAGCAAAGUUACAUGAGCAUCAGGCAACUGAAUAUGAGAGUCUCAUUAAUAAACAUGGAAGUCUGAAAUGUGCUCAUAAAAAUUUAGAAGUUGAACACAAAGAUCUUGAGGACAGGUACAAUGAACUGCUGAAACAAAAAGGCCAAUUAGAAGAAUUGGAGACUACUUUGAAAAAGGAGCAGGAGAAAAUGUGUCAUGAUGCUGAGAAACAUGAAACCAUGAUGCAAGAAUACCACAAUCUUUGUAAUGAAAAUGCUAGAUUAAACCAAAUAAACAGCCAGCUGCUAAAGGAGAAUGAAGGAUUGCAGUUGGACCACAAAAAUCUUAAAACCAUUCUAAAUGGUGGCAAGUUGGAGCAUGCACGAUUGGAAGCAGACUUUGCAAAACUGAAGGAACAGUACCAACAGCUCGAUAUCAGUUCCACUAAACUAAAUAACCAAUGUGAGUUACUGAGCCAAUUAAAAGGGAAUCUUGAGGAAGAAAACCGACAUUUGCUUGACCAGAUCCAGACAUUAAUGCUGCACAACAAAUCAUUAUUAGAACAGAGCAUGGAGAGUAAGGAUCUGUUCCAUGUGGAGCAAAGGCAGUAUAUUGAUAAACUAAAUGAACUUCGGCGACAGAAGGAGAAACUUGAAGAGAAGAUAAUGGAUCAAUAUAAGUUCUAUGAGCCUUCACCCCCUCGAAGAAGGGGCAAUUGGAUUGCCAUAAAGAUGAAGAAGUUAAUGAAACACAAAAAGGAAGGCAACAGAGAACGUAUUAAAUCUCUCACGGGCACUCCAACUAGGUCAGAAUCAAGUGAUGGAUUUCUUCAACUGCCUCAGCAUGAUAGUCAAGAUAGCUCUUCUGUUGGAUCGAACUCUCUUGAUGAAGGUCAUUCAGCUAAGAAAAGCAGCAUGGCCACGCUGAAAAGGCUGCCUUUUAUGAGGAACAGACCGAAGGAUAAAGACAAAAUGAAGGCCCUCUACCGUCGCUCUAUGUCUAUGAAUGAUCUGCUCCAGUCUAUGAUAUCAGCAGGAGUUCAGUGGUCAGGUAGUUCUGAAAAUUUGGAGGAGUCUAAUGAGUCUGGAGGACAGAGGACAGAAUUGGGGUCCAUGGCAUUUUCCACGACGGCUAUUAACCUCUCCACUACAAACGCUUCUGGCUUCAGAUCCAAGCAGAGACUUCAGUCUAAAGAUGAAGCUGGCUCUUUCUCACAAGUUCUUGCAACGGGAACUUGUCAAAGGAAGUCUACCUUCUUUAAAGGUAUUGCUUCCAAUGAAGAUUUAUUAUCCAAUGAACCAAACCUUAACAAUUCUGGCUCAGGAUCAAGAAGUCGAGAAGGGUUACAGAGUAAUUAUUGUGGAUACAAAUCACCUCCUGUUCUUAGCAGCUCUACAGUGUGCAGAGUGCCUUGUCACAUUUGUUCUUCCAGACCAGCCAGCCUUGAUAGUAGCAGGACAUCCAGUAGCAAUAACAAUAAUAAUGCUUCAGCCCACGAUGCAAAAGCAGGUGCAGUUAAUGCCAGACACAGUAGGUUUCAAAGCCAUAGCAGUGGAGAAUGUUGUUCAGCCGAUGAUAGUCACUUAUUAUCAAACAGUGGCCUUUCAUCUGGUCAUGCACAAACUUUGAAAAAAGAUGUUUCCUUCCAAAAGAAAGAACUUAAAGUUGAUGAUACCCAAAAUCGUUCUCUGCAAAGGAAUAAAGCCACGUCACCGGGGAGUGAAAUAGUUACCUUACAGCAGUUUCUGGAGGAAAGUAACAUAAAUCAAUCGUCACAGAUACAAUCUGAAGGUUGCGAGAAUGUUUCCACAAGCACCACAGAUCUACCAGAACUAAUUGGAACUGAGAAGUUGAAUCACAAUCUUACCAAUAAUAGUGCUGCUGUCAAAUCACCUAGAGGAGGAGAGAGCAACUCUUUCAGUAGCAAGUUACAUAAGCCUGGGCAGUAUGUAAAGCCAAAUCCUCGAAAGCCAGACCAUAUAUGUAUUACAAGCAUCUCAGAAGAUACAACGUUUUUAAACCAAGGAAAGACUUUGUCUACCUGCAAAUUACCAACUGUGCCACACCGAUCAUCCCAAAUAGACUAUACCACUUCUACUCUACCCCGUGCAAGUCACGUGAUUUCUACAGCAGAAGGUUCAAGUCGAAGAACAAGCAUCCAUGAAUUCAUGUCAAGAGAUAGUAGAGCACCUGUGUCGAUAGAUCCAUCUCCAGGGAAAGUGCUAACAAGCACUCAGACAUUACCCAAUAUGGGAUCUGUGCAAGAACUCAGAAGUGCACAAGGCAAAACUGGGGAGCAACAGAGCUCCCAGGUAUAAAUUCCCAUCAUCUGGUGAUGUAGGAUGUAGUGAAAGAAAAGUGUCCUUCAUAUUGUCAUUUUGAAACCUGUAGCUCCUAAGCACCAAGACUCUCUGCAUAAAGAAAUAUCACUAAAACAUUACAUGUUGAAUCUUAUUCAAGGAACUCCCUUUCUUUGACCUGCAGUGAGACAUUGACUCUUGAAUCAGUGAGCACAAUUGUACUCUAAUAUUGUUACAAAAGUAUUUCAAGAAAAGUAGAAUUUUGUGGCAUUUCACAGAUUUUUCACAAGAGACCAUGUGGUCUAGGUUUCAUUAAAUUUUGAAAAGUCUUUAUCUGGUUUUCAACUAAGUCACGGUAUUUUGUUUCAGUUAUAAUUUAAUAUUAAAGUUUUAAAACAGUCUGUUUUAGUUUAAUUAUUUGCAAUGCUGCCUUCUUAUCAGGCUAUACUAAUGUUAGCAUAAAUCGGAUAUGCAAAUAAAUUAGUGUAUGGUAUUUUGCACUGACUACUUCUGAAUUAUCACAUACCAUUCACUGUAUUCCAUCAGCAACAUGAUGGCGACAUAAUGCCAUGACAUUUCUUUGUGUCAUGUAAUCAAGCCUAACAGUGUAAAAGGCAAUGGACUGAAUUUAAAUCUUGUAUGUUUACCUCUUAUUGCUCUAUAUGCGCAAACUUCGUAUUUUGUAACAGCCUUUUUAAGUUAAUGAUAAGACCUUUUGGAAAGUGAAUGCAUUUUUAAACUGCUGGCCAGGAUACUGUGUUAUACUGACUUUUUUUGCUGAUAACAUCUGGUUCAUUACAUAUGUGCUGUAUAGUCUCUUACAGUUCUGUUUAUUUGAAAGUGGCUGGCUGUUUUUAUUUCUCAUAACUUUUUAUAUUCCUAAAGUUUUAGAGAAUUUUGUUACUCCACUAAAUUUUGUGCACAUCCUCUGGAAAAAUAACCAUGUAUAAAUUGAAUGAAGAACUACGGCAAGAAAAUGUUUGCAAAAGUUGUAGUGAUUAAUAUUUGUUAUUAUAAUUAGAUUUUAAUGAAAAGGUAAUCUGUUCACAUAUUUUGGCUGUUGUUAAGUUAAAAUAACAUUUGCAAUCUAAAAUCAGUUGGCAAAUCUACAUGCACUGAUUUUAGUUUCUUUCAAGUGUUUAGUGGUUAGUAAUUUUAAUAAGUUACUUUUGUACAAAAUGUACACUAGUGAGAGUAUCUUAAAAUGUCUAUCUAGCAGAAAAUUUGAAUAUAACAGUAUUUAUGUAUGUCAUUUUCAUCUUUUUGUUUACACUACUCAAUUAAAUUACCAUUUAUAGAUAAUAAUGUCAUCUUUUUUAAAAUCUUGUAGCAUGCUUAUGUAUUAGAUUAAAGUUACUGGGAGAGUGUCAUUGCUUUUUUGAUGUCCAGAUUAAAUUUUAAUCUGA